AUCGUCUUCCGCCAAGGCACUCGCUGCCGCCGCCAAGUCUCCAAUGGCCCCCGCUGAUGCUCUCCUCAUCGUCGUCACUCCUUCGGCCCUGACAGGCUUUGCCGCCCGGCUUCUCCGGCGAGUCGGGUUUACCGGGACCCAUUCUGGUCGGCAGCAUGGUUGGUCAGCAGGUGGAUCGGCCCGCGCAGCUACCCAGGUUGCAACUGUUGGCAGACCAAUUUCCCUCCCGGGAUGAAUAAAGUUUUAUCAUGUCGUAUCGUAUCGUAUUGUAUUGUAUCCAAUCGUACCUCUGGCUGUGUAGUUGAAUGUGGAGCCGAUGGGAAUGUGAGAAGUAUAAAAUUGGAUCAGUGAAGCACAAGUGUACAUGGGUACUUAAUAUCACAAACUUGGUGGGCUGAAUGCCCUGUAUCCAUGUUAUAUGACUCUGAGACAUGGAACUGAAAUCAAAUUGAUAGCACUGCUGACAGCCAUUGUUUGUUGAUCACUGGGAGUUUGUUAACUGACCAUAUUGGACGAUUUUUCGUAUUGCCAGAUAGAUUCUAGUAAGUACAGGAGAACAGCUUGGCUUAAGGUACAACCUGGUUCUGAAGCACAAGUGUUGCAGCCAAGAUGUGUCAAAACACAUAGUAUUUGCAAUGUCCAGAAAUCUCACCCAUCCUCCCAGUAUUGUGUUGAAUGAAUGAGAUGGCCUCAGACCAUUGAAGAGGCUGAUAUGGAUGAUUCACGUGGUCCAUCUGGGUGAAGAUGUGCCAACUCUUCAUCUAGAGAAUUGAAAUAUUCAUGGAAUAGCCUCUUCCUCGUGUUCCUGUUUAAAUUAUCCAACACCAUUUAUAACUGGGUUAGAUAUUUUGUGAGAUUAGUUGGUUUUGUCCAUAAUGUUCUGCCUCUGAUUAUCAGCUGGCAUGGAGUCCUGUGAUGUUACUGCAUCAGGUUAGCACCUCUUCCUUAGGGAUAUCUCUCUUUGCUUCUGACAUACUCUUCAAUUUUAUACCAGGAUUGGUUCCAUAACAUGUCAGCCGGGCUAGUGAGGGACGCACUGAGCAUUGCAAUUCCUGCAUGAUAAUAAGGGAUCUCGAAUUUGAUAAAUGAACUAAAUCUGAAACAAAAUGCUAACAAGAGCAAUGGUGACCAUUGGUGCCCAGUUAAUCCCAGAAUUGUCUUCAUCACUGACAUCUGGGGAUAUGUAGAAAUUGGGAGUUCUGCCCAGAGUAUGGUCAUGCAACACCAGGCAAUGGAAAUUCAUGGAUACACAGUGUUCAUUUAUAAUCCUAGGUCUCUGCAUGAAAUAGAUAUGUGUAGCUGAACAGUUGGGCCAUUGACUGUCAUCAAUGUUCAUGAUCCAUGGAGCAAAAUACAAGCUGAAGGAGAACAGACUGAAAUCACAGCAACAUGAAGUGCUGGAGAUACUCAGCAGGUCAGGCCACAUCUGAAGGAAGAGAAAUUGAGUCAAAGUGUCAGGUCAGAGACCCUUCAUCAGUCUCCAGUCUGAAAUGUUGUCACCAGAUCUAAUCCCCCAGCUGAUGACUGACCCACUCAGUAUUUCAGGAUUUUCUGUUUUUGUUUUAUAUUCCACCAUCUGGAGUUUUAUUUAAUUUUCACGUCCUUGUUCAGGUUACAGAACAUGGGGGCACAUUACUCCAAUAUGGUCUGUGUUCAUAUCGAGCUUCCUGAAGCUCCUUAAACAUUACAGUCACUAUCUCACCGUGAUCAAAUUUACAAGAAAUUGACUAAUGUAGACAUGUAGUGAAGCAACUAAUUAAUAAUUGUGACACAACCAUAAUCCAUAACAGUAUAUGUGACAAAACAGGUUAGAUUACAUCUUGGAUCAAUGCAAUGAUAGUUGGACUGGUGUCAUAUAUAUACAUUUAUAUAAAUGUAAGCCCUCAAUUUCAGCAUUGAUGGUCGAAUUAAGUAAUAUUCUUGUUCAACAACACAAUAAUUUCUGUCAGUUCUUGCCUUGAAGUUUUGUGAGGUUUUGAUAUUUUUUACUGGUCAGCCUGAAUAAACUAAACAUAAAUCAAUCGAAAAUGUUACGUUUGUUUUGGAGCCAAUCAGAAGUCUUCAAUUUACUUUGUACCGUCCCUUUUGGGCAGAUGCCAACAUGGAAAUUACUAGAUUACUAAACUAGUUCAUAUCCAGCCUAUAAAACCAGUGGCUUGGUGGUGAAGAAGCAGAAUCUUGACUGAACUGAAAUAAUUAAGAGCUAAAGAAGGAAAGAUGAGCUGCAGAUACACCUUCACCAUCGUGGCCGUGCUGGUGCUCUCUGGUCUUUUGACAGAUGCUCGAGCCAUUGGAAAUCUGAAGAUUGAUCUGCGCUGCCGUUGCAUCAAUACAUCAUCUAUCUUUAUCCACCCAAAGUACAUGAAGAAGUUAGAAAUCUUCCCUUCUGGGCCACAUUGCGAGAACACUGAAAUCAUUGCUACUCUUAUACUUGGAAGGAAAAUAUGUUUGAAUCCAGAGUCAAAGUGGGUGAAGAAAAUGCUAAACAAGAUUGCACAAUGCGUCAUGAAAAAUGCAGUUAAAGGUCAAGGUGUUGAGUAUUUGUCCCCCAUUAAACACAACAACAUUCCAUGGGAGACAAACACAAAUUGUUACACUUUUGGGUCCAUUGUGACAGACAACAGUUUCCACGAUGAAAAACUCAAUACAUGGUUUGGAACGCCGACCCGAUUCAAUGAAUAA